AUGACUGCAGUUCCUCCCAAGCAGAAGGUGGUCGUGGUGGGCGCUGGGCCAGUGGGGUCCCUUGCGGCGCUGUAUGCGGCUUCCCGUGGUGAUGAAGUUGAAGUAUAUGAGCUACGCGGAGAUCUCCGCAAUCCCGAAACGGUGCCAUUGAACUUCACCAAAUCGAUCAACUUGGCCCUGUCAGAACGUGGCAUCAACUCCAUCAAACAGGCCGAACGAGAUGGGCUCGUCGAGAAUGUCCUCCGCGACACCAUCCCCAUGUAUGGCCGCAUGAUCCACGGCCGAGAGGGCGGAUCAUUGUGGGAGGCCGCUCAGGCCUAUGACGUGCACGGACGGGCUAUCAACGCGGUCGACAGGGGUACUCUCAACAAUGCCCUAUUGGAUGAACUAGAGCGGACUCCGAACGUGAAGCUAUUUUUCAAUCAUAAGCUGACGGGUGCUGAUUUCAGAAGCAACAAAGCAUGGUUUGAGCGUCGCAUCCCAGGCGAGACACCCCAGGCCGAUGCUCUGGGUGUGGCAGGUCGAGUGCCGGAAAUUGAAGUAUCCUUCGACUAUCUGAUUGGCGCUGAUGGAGCCCAUUCCGCCAGCAGAUUCCAUAUGAUGAAGUUUGCCCGAGUGGACUAUCAGCAAGAGUAUAUUGACACCUUAUGGUGUGAAUUCCGGAUCCCGCCCACCGAGGACGGCCAGUUUCGCAUCUCGCCAAACCAUCUCCAUAUCUGGCCAGGCAGAGAGUACAUGUUCAUCGCCAUUCCCUCUGCAGACAGAUCAUUCACAUGUACUCUCUUCGCCCCAUCAGCGUUCUACGCUUCCCUGGAGGGCUCGCCACAGAGCCUCCAGGCUUCGUUCGAUGAGUACUUCCCGGGCGUGUGUCCGGAACUCAUCAAGCCUGAGGCUCUCGCUGAGCAAUUCGCCAUCAAUCCGCAUCUUCCGCUGAUCAGCAUCAAGUGCAAGCCACACCAUUUCACCUCGAGUGUUGCGAUUCUCGGCGAUGCCGCACAUGCCGUCCUGCCUUUCUACGGACAAGGACUCAAUGCGGGCCUCGAAGACGUGCGGGUCCUUUUCGAGAAAAUGGAUCAGCACGGCGUCUAUGAUUCUGACUCUUCGGUGUAUACUCGCAGCGUUCGUCGGCAGGUGGCGUUCCAGGCGUACACGAACCAGCGCUGCGAGGACGCUCAUGCGAUCAAUGACCUGUCCAAGCAAAACUACCUGGAGAUGCGAUGGGGUGUGAAAUCUCCGUUGUACAAGGUUAGAAAGGCGGUGGAAGAGACUAUUGACCAGCGGCUGCCGUUCCUGGGUUGGAAGACCCAGUAUGCUCGAGUCAGCUUUAGCAACCAGCGGUACUCCGAUGUUGUGCGUGCUGUGCAGCAUCAAAGCGAGAUGCUAGGGUACGGUCUGACAUCCAGCUUGGUCGUUGGAUUAGGAGUGAUUUCGGUCCUCUUGUGGAAGCACCCGCCUGUGGGAGCUGCCAAAGACGUUUUCCAGCGAGUGGUUGAUUUGUGGAGGAAAUUCAUUGCAUGA